UAUUUAGGUUGACGGAAGUUUUUCUGUGUAAAUCAAUAUUCACCAUAAUUGAGAAUCAGUUGUUACUUAUUAAAAAGCUCUCAGAUCACAAAUUAUAAUUAUGCCAUAUAAAUUACUAGAAGGAUUAGGAAACUGAGGUUGGAAAUUGAUAUAAUUGUUUUUAUUUGAACAUGAAAAAAUAUGAGUGAGUGAGACUUAAAAACUGAGCUAUCUGUUUUGACCUGAACAAAGAGUUUUAAUGAUUGGCAGGGGAUGUGGAUAAUCCUUUUCUAAGCUUCACAUAGUCUUCUUAUCUAUCUUUUUUAGUCUCCUUGUAGAUUAAUUAAGGUUUUGGGAAUUGGGGGGAAGUGGGAAGGUUGUUAGGAAUGUCUACCUAAGGAAAUGUCUUACCAUUACAAGUCUCUCUUUUACAGUGUAUACAGAUACAUGUUCAUUUUGAACAUUCCAUUUUAUGUUUCUUUGUGUUAAUUAGUUUACCUUCAACAUUAAUCUCCAUAUUCCAUUGCACCUCUAAAGUGGAUAUAACAUAUACCUUAUCUUUUUUAUAAUCUUACAGCAUUAUUCUUUCAUGAACAAAAAUGAAUGAAAAUAAAGAUACUGAUUCAAAAGAAAGUGGAGAAUAUGAAGAUGACUUUGAAAAAGACCUGGAGUGGUUAAUUAAUGAAAAAGAAAGAAGUGAUGCCAGCGUAAUAGAGAUGGCUUGUGAAAAGGAAGAGAAUAUUAACCAAGAAUUAAAAGAGAAUGAAACAGAAAUAGAACACACCAAACAGCUUUCUGAUCCUGACAACUCUUUGAAGGAUGAGGUUUCGCCAAGAACAAAUGACUUCAUUUCUGUACCAAGUAUUCAAUCUUUGGAUCCUAUUUCAGAUUCAGAUAGUGAAAACUCUUUCCAGGAAUCCAAACUAGAAAGCCAGAAAGACCUGGAGGAGGAAGAGGAUGAGGAAGUAAGAAGAUAUAUUAUGGAGAAAAUUAUACAAGCUAAUAAGCUUCUACAAAAUCAAGAACCUGUGAAUGAUAAAAGGGAGCGAAAACUUAAGUUCAAGGACAAAUUAGUUGAUCUGGAAGUUCCUCCACUAGAAGACACUUAUAAAAAUUAUUUUGAAAAUGAAAGUAAUAUAUCUGAAAAACUAUCACAGUUAUGUAUUUCCAAUGAAUUUGCACAAGAAAAUGUGCUCCUGUCACUUACUGAUGGAAGCUGUGAAGAAAAUAAGGAUAGGAAGAUACUGGUAGAGAGAGAUGGAAAGUUUGAACUUCUGAAUUUACAAGACAUUGAAAGUCAAGGAUUUUUACCCCCCAUUAAUAAUGCUAAUAGCAAAGAAAAUGAACAGUUGUCACCCAGAUUUUCCAACUCAUCUGUCAAUGGUGUCAAGAAAGAAGAUUCUGCAGCGAAGAUUCAUGCUAUCGCUCACUCAUCAACAGGAGAGCCACCGGCUUAUAUCCCUCAGCCACUACUCAACCCUAAAACUCACCCAAGCUCUGCUGCCAACUCAGAUCGAAGUAAAGGGAAUAAAGGGAAUGGGAAAUCUAAUUACAGGACACAGUGUGCAAUUAUAUCUCCAGUGACCUCAACAUACUGUCUGUCCCCCAGACAGAAAGAACUGCAAAAAAAACUAGAACAAAAAAGAGAAAAGCUAAAAAGAGAGGAAGAGCAACGGAAAAUAGAAGAAGAGAAAGAGAAGAAAAAAGAGAAUGACAUGGUAUUUAAAGCAUGGUUGCAAAAGAAACGAGAGCAGGUCCUUGAAAUGAGGAGAAUUCAGCGAGCAAAGCAAAUUGAAGACAUGAACAGUAGACAGGAAAACAGAGAUCCACAACAAGCUUUUCGAUUAUGGCUUAAAAAAAAGCAUGAAGAACAGAUGAAAGAAAGAAAGACAGAAGAACUAAGAAAGCAAGAGGAAUGCUUAUUCUUCCUUAAAGGAACAGAAGGCCGUGAAAGGGCCUUUAAACAAUGGCUAAGAAAGAAACGGAUAGAGAAAAUCACAGAGCAACAAGCUGCCAAAGAGAGAACUAGACAGCUUCGACUAGAAGCUAAGCGUUCUAAAGAGUUACAGAAUCACAUGUAUAUCUCAGAAGCCAAAUCUUUUCGUUUUACUGAUCAUUACUGAAAGUAUCAAUUAAAUAUUUCAUUUGGCAGCUGAUGUCAUCAGAAUUUUGCUUAUCAUUUCUUAUGGCCUGUGUGCUUUGUUCUUACUCUAAAUUAUAGAAAUGGUAUUUAUCUUUUGGUGAUAUUGACAGUUAAUUUGUUUUUUUUUUUUAACACUAGAACAAAAUAAAUUUCUUCCCUCACAGUGUUGUAA